AUGGCAAUCCCUGUGAUAGAUUUCAGCACUCUCAAUGGAGACAAGAAGGGUGAAACCAUGGCACUUCUGCAUGAAGCUUGUGAAAAAUGGGGCUUUUUUCUGAUUGAGAACCAUGGAAUUGACAGGAACCUGAUGGAGAAGGUGAAGCAGUUAAUCAAUGUUUACUAUGAAGAAAACCUGAAGGAAAGCUUCUACCAGUCAGAGAUAGCAAAGAGCUUGGAACAAAAACAGAACACCUCUGAUAUAGAUUGGGAAAGUGCCUUCUUCAUUUGGCAUCGCCCUACAUCUAACAUUAACCAUAUUCCAAACUUCUCUGAGGAGCUUUGCCAAACAAUGGAUGAGUACAUUGAAGAACUCAUUAAGUUGGCAGAAAAGUUAUCUGAGCUCAUGAGUGAAAAUCUUGGUUUGGAGAAGGAUUACAUAAAGGAAGCAUUUUCUAAAAGUAAUGGACCUGCUAUGGGAACAAAAGUGGCCAAGUACCCUCAAUGUCCACAACCAGAAUUGGUGAGAGGACUUAGAGAGCACACAGAUGCAGGUGGUAUCAUACUAUUGCUCCAAGAUGACAAAGUGCCUGGUCUAGAAUUCUACAAAGAUGGCAAAUGGGUGGAGAUCCCACCCUCCAAGAACAAUGCAAUUUUUGUCAACACAGGUGAUCAAGUGGAAGUGUUGAGCAAUGGCUUAUAUAAAAGUGUUGUGCAUAGGGUCAUGCCUGACAAGAAUGGAAGCAGAUUAUCCAUUGCAAGCUUCUAUAAUCCAUCUGGUGAAGCCAUUAUUUGCCCUGCUCCUAAGCUCUUAUACCCAAGUAACUACCGUUUUGGAGACUAUUUGAAACUUUAUGGCAACACUAAGUUCGGUGAAAAGGGUUAUAGAUUUGAAUCCAUCAAGAAUAUGGCCAAUGGCCACUAA